UCUGGCCUAUCUAGUUUAUCUAAUAACCCAAAUGGUAGGAGAGGUUCCACAUCUUACAACAAGUACUAGAAUAGAUGACCAGUUACCUGCUCCAGUAUUUGAACUUGAUGGACCUACCGGUAUGGCCUACAACGCGACGUGUGACUUUUUAAACAUAAACCUAACAGUUAUAAAGACGAAUGAUGGGAAAACAUGCAAUGAAUUUCUUAGCAGCAAUUCGGAUUAUGGCUAUACAAUUUAUUAUUUUAAUAAUACCGGAAAUAUACCAAUAAACUUGACUGAUGAUUCAAUAUACGGGAUUCAAGUACAAAUUCAGCUGAAUUCCAACCCAUCGAAUCUAGAAUCAUUAGAUAAUGAUAAUCCAGCCUUGUUUUCCGGAUUACAUAUUUACUUAUAUGAUGCGACUAUCGAUAAUAUUGAUUUUUCGAAAAAGAAAGGAAAUGCAAGUGUUGCUUACGAAGAAGCACUUGACUCUAAUGAUUAUUUAAUUCCUCCAAAUCAGAAUCUGUUAACCCGUACAACGCGUCAUCGUUUAAAUACUUCGCAACUCUGGAAAUAUACUACGAAAGCCGAAUUAGACACAACGGUUCUUUCAAUUUUGAGUUCACUCGGUGGUGGUUUUGGUCUAGGGAUGGCUAUUUACGCGUUUUGCUUUGGUGCCCCUCAAAUCGGACCUUGGGGUUGGGCUCAAGAAGUCUAUGGAUGCAGACAUAAACUUAAAAUGAAACUCGGCGAACGUUUCCAUGAUUUUGUCCCCCUCGUUGAUGAAAAACCAAACUAUGAUGACCUAGACGAAUCAGAAUCCGCUCGUAUAACGGCACUCGAGAGACGAAGUGAAGCACUUGAAUUAUUCUUGAGAGACUAUGUUGUGGAUGUGGGCGACUUAGAAGAAUUUACAGAUUCUUAUAGAAAAAAGUCUCAAAAUUCAAAUUCUGAGAAGUGA